GCGUCGUUGAACACGGAUCGUUUUGAGCGGCGGACCUGUUUGUGUUAUGAUGCUUACACUGAGUGCUUCAAUUUCUAAUUUUUAAAAAAAAAAUAUUUUGCAUGUACAUUUCGUUGUUUGUGGUAUUCUAAAGUGGCAGGUUGGCAGUCUGCAUGAGCAGCUGUAGCCUUGAAAUGGCCAAACACAGUGCCAUGCGAUUGUUUUAAACUUUAAACCCCGAUCAGUCGAACAAAGUCCAGUUUAGAGAGAGAUGCAAGAGUGAAUGUAACUGUAGCAGAAGAAUCGGUUCCAGGCGCAAAUCUGAUGAUCAUGAAAGGAUAUUAGCGGUUUAAUAUUAAAGCUGAGACAGUGCAAUGCUGCAAAAAUAUUAAACAGAGGGGGAACCGGAUCCAUAAGCAGCUUAUUAUCUGGUGCUACGAGUCGUUGAUCAGCAAAGCAGCUCAUUCAUUCACUUCCUGAAUGUAUAAACAUGAGGAACAUAAAGAGAUCCUUUCUCGCCAUGCACAAUCUGCUGCAGACAUCAAGAUGUCCAAGAUGUCCAUGUGUCCUUUCAUCAUCAGCACAAAGGCUAUUCUCCACAUGUGCCUCAAGUCCAAAAGUGUGCAUCGUGGGAGGAGGUCCUGCUGGCUUUUACACAGCUCAACAUCUCCUCAGGGCCAGGAGUGACGUGGUUGUGGAUAUCUACGAGCGCCUGCCUGUCCCAUUUGGCCUGGUUCGAUUUGGGGUGGCUCCGGAUCACCCUGAGGUUAAGAAUGUCAUUAACACAUUCACACAGACGGCCCAGCACGAACGCUGUUCUUUCUAUGGCAAUGUCAGCGUAGGUACGGAUGUCAGUGUGGAGGAGCUAAAGAAAGCCUAUCACGCUGUUGUGCUUAGUUAUGGGGCAGAAGGAAAUCGCCCUAUGGGAGUGCCUGGGGAAAACCUAGCUGGUGUGUUCUCAGCCAGAGACUUUGUCGGAUGGUACAAUGGGCUUCCCAGCAACAAAGAGCUAUGCCCGGAUCUGAGCUCUGACACUGCUGUGGUUUUGGGACAGGGCAAUGUGGCACUGGAUGUGGCCAGAAUCCUCUUGUCUCCCCUGGACUUUCUAAAGAAGACGGACAUUACCCAACAGGCCCUGGAGUCUCUCAGAGCCAGUCGGGUGCGCAGGGUUCUGAUAGUGGGAAGAAGGGGUCCUCUUCAAAUUGCAUGUACCAUUAAGGAGGUGAGAGAAAUGAUUAACCUGCCUGAGACUAAAGCUGACAUGCUCCCAGGUGACUUUGAGGGCAUAGCUGAGGCUCUGAAAGAUCUCCCCAGGCCUAGGAAGAGACUGACUGAGUUAAUGCUGAAGACGGUGAAGGUGGAUGAAGGGAGCCUGAAAGCAAUUAAGCAGUGGGGUUUUCGUUUCCUGCGCAGUCCUGUGGAAGUGCUUCCAGAUGCUGAUGGAAAAAAAGUAACAGGAAUUCGUUUGGCUGUCAACACUCUUGAGGGUUCAGGGGAGGAGGCUCGGGCUCUGCCCACAGGACAAACCCAGGAUCUAGAAUGUGGUCUUCUCAUCAGCAGUAUUGGUUAUAAGAGCCUACCUAUUGACCCCUCCGUUCCCUUUAACUCUCGCACUUCCACAGUGCCCAAUGAAAUGGGCAGAGUGUCACAUACAGGAGGGUUGUACUGCAGUGGCUGGGUAAAGCGUGGGCCGACUGGUGUGAUUGCAACAACUAUGAAUGACAGUUUUGAAACAGCACGAGUUCUCCUGAAAGAUGUGGACUCAGGAACACUCGAUGUGUCAGUCAACAAAGCUGGUGCUCAGGAAAUUACAGGCUUACUGAAGUCUCGAGGAGUGAGACCAGUGUCAUUCUCAGAGUGGGAGAAAAUCAACUCGGAGGAGAUGCGGAGAGGAGAAGCUCUGGGAAAGCCCAGAGAGAAAGUACUGGAUGUGAGCGAGAUGCUGGAAGUAGCCUGGUCCUCAUCCUGACUGAGACAUGCUUGAAUGAUAUCAUCAAAUCCCAACUUGUCACACUAUGUGGUGAUUUGAUUAAUGAGGAUUUUGCAUCCGAUUAAACAGCAGUUUGAAAGGUUCCUGACUGGACAUUUACUGCUCUGGAGCUUUUUAUUUGCUCAGUGUCUGGAUGCAGAAAAUAAGAAGAAAAUAAAUCAUGCUGUUAAUGUGUGACUAUAUGUGAAACCUGUACGACCAAGUUUAGAAACCAUUGAGGCGCUAAACCAACCCUGUGCCAAACUAUAACAUCAUGUGGAAAAUAGUUUAAGAUUGCAUCAACAUGGCCACCUGCUGUGAAAACCCAGAUCCAAAAACACAUAAAAUGUCACUUGUCCUAAGAGUGAAUUAAAAGGUCAUUUCCAGUACAUGUAUGUUUCCAGGCCAAAAAUAUGAUUAAUCAUUUCCCUGGUUGGCACUGAAUAUUGAGGAAACAUUGUGGAACAUGCAAGAACUUCUGUUACUGUUUCCCUUAUGUCUGGGCAACUUACAACCUAAAAAGCUGUACAGUGCUUUCUUUGUUUUAACAUGAGUUCUAUUCGUGGCAAAUUUAUAAAUGGGGCAUUAUUGAAUGAUUCAGAAUCAAAAUGUUUUUUUAUUUUUAAGAAAAGAAGGCUUCAAUUGAAAGGGAUUUGACUUCAGUGACUGCCUUAAAGUUUAAAAAAAGUUAAGAAGUAAAUUAAACAAGUACAGGAAAGGUAAUAAAAUGGAAUGCAAAGAUAUACUGCAUAUAUAUAAAGAUAAAUAUAUACAUUAUCUACUUUAUAUAUGGUAAACUGAAGGGUAAAGUAACUUUUAGCUGUAGAUGGUGAUUGCCAGAUGAGGACAACAUUCUUAAACAGACAUUAUAAAAUAAUGUUGUUGUUAUUCUUCAGCUGCUCUUGUUAGGGGUCGCCACAGCCGAUCAUUGGUCUGCAUAUUUGAUUUGACUUUUUACACUGGACGCAACCCUCCCAAAUUUUGUCCUGGCUUGGGACUGGCACUGGGAGUGUGUUCCCUGGCCAGAAAAUUCCCUGACUCGGCGGUGAAGGCGCCAAGGCCUAACCACUAGUCCUCCAGGGACCCAGAUUAUAAAGUAGUUUGAGGUGAGAAAAAAAAGUCAUUGAAAAAAGGCAUAAUGAAUACAUAAUAUAUAGAAAGUAUUGGAACUGCAAGGUCAGUCUAACAGGGCACACAUGGGCAACAAGAAACACCUGUCUAUCACAUGUUCCAAUAUUUUUGAUCACUUGAAAAGUGGGUGGUGUGCCACCAAAGGUGCCAUGUUCUAAGUUGUUUAACACAUCUGGAUGUGAAAAUCAGGAAAUGAAUGUUGAAAUUCUGAGCUAUCAUCUCGUAUUCCUUGUUUGAUCUCAAACCCAAAUGUCUUCAGUGUAUAGCAAAAAUAAAAGAAUUGCCCUUGCUGUUCCAAUACUUUUGGCGGGGCCUGUAAAUUCUGAAACGAUUCUUCAUUAUUAGGAAUUUUAGUGAAAUGUUUUCCACAAGGCCAUGGUUUAUGGCUAUUCAGGUAUUAAUUUAUUUGUCUUGUCAUAAUGCCCUAUUUACAGAUUUUUGUCACAGAUGGACAACUGUAAAACCUCAGAUGUGGUCCGCAUUUUAGUAUGCAUAUUGAAGCCUUGCAGUUAAUACAUUAAGUAAUUAAUGUCAUUAUUUUUAUGCAUGUUAAAAGAAUAAUAUCUAAUAAUAAAUGUCUAAUAACAAA